AUGUCUCACCACUCACCUCAGUCUUCUGCUGGUGUUGGGCCUUCCUCCAGCCCCUAUGGUGGUACGGACCCGACCCUCUACUCGCCUGAGCUUGUCCGCAACCAUCGUUCAACCACGCUUCACCAUCGCAACAACCUCAGCCAGGUCACCGUCAUUCCCAAUGGCCAGCAGGUCGACAACACCUCGGACAAGUACAUCAACAUCCUUCCCCUUGCUGUCCCUCAUGUUCAAGGUGCCUUCGUCAAUGAACUUUCUGAGAACGACAAGUCAUACAUUUCUCGCUUCCAGUUCGUCUCUCAGCUUCCUGACGGUACCAAUGCUGGUCUCGAUUCCGAGCAUGAGCUGUUCAGUGUCCAACAUCAGAUGAAGCUUUACCAAUGCUUCUCCAACUGCGUGCCUGUCUACGCUCGAGGUGUUCAUCUCCGCUUUGAUGACCUUCGUGAGGCUGCCGAGGCCAAGGACAUCCUUGAGCAGCAUGGCUUCACUGUUGACUGGAUCUCCAGCUAUGAGUACGCACUCGCCAAGGCCCAGGACACUGCUUGCCUCAAUGAGUUCGAGGGUCAGAUGAAGCUUCCUAUUCUCAUCGUGCCCAACCCGAAGCAUGAUGCCUGGGAGUUUACUCCUGCUGAUCUCACUGACAUGACUGACACCAUUGAGCGUGUUGCCGGUGCUUUUGGUACUGUUCGCAACUGCAUCCACGUCGACACUGAGGACACCAAGAUGCUUCUGAUCUUCCGCAUUGAGUUUCACUCUGUCGACGCUGCUCACCGCGCUGUGUACAGCUUGCAGUCUGAUCCGAUCUGGGAUGCAUCCAACAUCAAGGCCUACCAGUGGGCUACUGUUGAUCCUUCAGCCUGGUCUGGAGAGCGUGCUGCUAACUCGCCUCAUCGCACCAAGCCUCGCGUCGACGAUCAGGGCCGCUUCGUUGGCUUCCGUGCUGCUCCAGUGCCUUACUACGGCUCCGCCUCUGGGUACCAGCGUCAUCCUGCUGAUCAACACAACCGUGUUCGUCGUGAGCGCAUCCUUGACGGCAGCGAUGUUCGCACCACGAUCAUGUUGCGCAACAUCCCCAACAAGAUGGACUGGAUGUCCCUCAAGGCCAUCCUCGACGAGGUCUGCUUCGGCACAUACGACUUCCUCUACCUACGCAUUGACUUCAAGUCUGGCUGCAACGUCGGUUACGCAUUCAUCAACUUCGCAGAUGUCGGCGGCAUGAUCGCUCUCGUCGACUCCAUUGAGUCUCGAUGCUGGCGCGCAUACAAGUCCACCAAGGCCGCCGAGGUCUCCUACGCCACGAUCCAGGGUCGUGAGGCUCUUGUUCAGAAGUUCCGCAACUCUUCGGUCAUGCAGGAGACUCCGUUCUGUCGUCCUCGCUUGAUCCUCACUUUCACCGACGCUGAUGCUGCUGGCAACCUUCGCUCCACCGGUACCGAGCAGUCUUUUCCUCGUCCUGACAACCUCUCCAAGCUCCAGCGUUCCAUGGACUCGGCUCGUUCUGUCGGUCUCUACCCGCCUCACGGAUACUCUUCGAUCACCGAGCACCGCAACCGCACUAGCGUCUACGACCGCGGCACUCCUCGCGACAUGCUCCAGGCUGCAAUGAACUUCGCUCGCCAGCGUGCUGCUCCUGUCCCCUUCCAGGGCCUGACCGAGCUGAAGAAGCGCGACAUCGAAGUCUGGUACUCAUACGCCUUUGGUCAGGGCCACUUGGGCUACAUCCCAUUCGACUUCAUUCCCAUGACGCACGUCGCCCAGUACUUUGCCGACACCGCUCCUUCGCCAGCCCCUGUCAACAACUACCCCGGCGUUAUUGGACGCGCUCCAGCUCCUCCGACUCUUGCGGGCAUGAUUGCCAACGGUGCCACUGGUGUUCCUCGUGGACGCGCUCCAGCUCCUCCGAUGCUUGCCAACAUGAUCGCUAACGGUGCUACUGGUGUUCCUCGUGGACAUGAGUCUGGCUCUGCAACUGCUACGACUCCUACCCGCCGCUCGCGCACCAACGGCAGCCCGGCUGAUCCUCGCUCUGCUGGUCGCGGUACCUCUGAGUUCAUGAACAGCCGCUACAUGUAA